CAAUAACUGGGACAACUCAACACCAAUUGAAUAAAAGAUCUUCUUGGGCUGAACUUUUUGUCUCUAUAAUCAUACAUUUGGUACCUCUCUUUGGUUUUUGUUUUUUUUUUUCUUUUCUAUGAAUGAAUUCGUACGUACUUAGUUGAUCUCGAAAGGGAACCUUAAGGACAAUUUCAUUGCCUUUACCAUCCAUUUUUAAAAUAACAAUAAUAAAAGAUGAAGAAGAAGAAGAAGAAGAAGAAGAAGAAUUUCUGAAUAGAAAGCUUUGUAUACAAUGCAGGCAAGCUUGUCGGCAUGUUGGCCUUAACCAGACCCCACAAAUAUAGAAAAAAACUGGCCCCUUUAAAAAGGAACCCAACAAAACCCUUUGGUGAUAAACACUAGCACUAACGCCACCACCACUACCUUAGCCAUUAUAAAAAAUCUCUAAUUUACAAAAAAAAAAAAGUGGUCUUCAAUUUAAAUUCCUAGCUCCUACCCCAAAUUCAAGAAUCUAAAAAAUUCCUUAAAUUGACCGAAGCUCAUAUUACCAUUCCCAGAAACAUCGAAACAAGGCAAAAAGAAAAAUGUGGCGUAUGCUCGUGGUUUUGCGACGAAAUCUGCGGAACAUGAAGAAAAGUCCUCGAGUAGCGGAUGAAAGCAUGUAUGGAGGAGGGAAUAACAAUAAUGAUGUUAAUGGAGGUGGUGACACGUCUCGUGGUAUUUCUGGGAUUGGCAGCGUUGUUAGAGCUCCUUUCUCUUUGGUGUCUUGCUUCUCUCAGCCACAUGUUAAUGGACAUGGGGCUGAUGGAGUUUGGGUGUCCACUGACUUUGCUCAAAUAUCAGAGAUGAAUCAUUUUAUGGUCAGAGAUAGUAUGCGGUAUGCAAUCUUGAUGUAAUCAAACCAAAAAAACUAGACAAGGAUGUAAUGUAAGUACUAAAUCAUAGAUUUGUUUUCUUUGGUUUAUUGGGCUAUUAAUUAUUGCUUUCAUUAAUUUA